AUGAAAUCUCCAACAUCGCCAAUGCGCCCCGGAUCAGUCGAACGGCCACCAUCGGCUCGAUCGAUUCGAAAUGGUAACCGACAAUUACUCCAACUAGUGACGAAUCGACGAGUCUAUAUAGCUGAAAAUAAUAUUCCCGCCGGUAACAAUCAAUCGAAUAAUAGUGAACAAAAUUCAAAAACUUCACCAUUCAACUGGCUGGUAAACACAACAAAUGCAAAAACAACAAAUGAAGAUGCAAAAGAUGUAGGCGAAGAGAAUCGUAAUAAUCUGAAAAGUACUCAACUGAAGCAUUUGAUCUUCAAACAACUUGAUAAAAGUCCUAUCGAGGUACAAGUUCGUUGUGUAUUUAUGCGAGUUGGUGAAAUUGAUACAUUGAAUGAACGUUAUUAUGCUGAAAUACUUUUCGAAGCUUCUUGGGAAGAACAGAAACUCAAAGGUCUACAAAAGACAUCUUUCGAUCCAAUGGUCUAUUGGACACCACAACUCGAAUUAGUGAAUGGCAUCGGUGAAAUUCACGAUACGAUAACUUACAGUGUUCGUCAUGAUCGGCAAGGUAUUGCUACUGUGACUGAGCAUCAUAAAUUGAAAGGCACAUUGUGGGAAAGAAUGGAAUUGCAAUAUUUUCCACUUGAUGUUCAAGAACUCUCACUUUCAAUUACAACAUCACAUUCAAGCAAAGAAAUGAUCUUUGUGAAGAAUCUUCGUAAACCAUCGGGAGCGAACCGACAAGUUUUUACUGAUCAACAAGAAUGGUACCUUUUUGAACAUGUAGAUAUCGAAAUAACAGAGAGAAUCGAAGAAUAUCUUGAAGAUGGAAACAACCACUCAGUAGUUAUUUGUUCUUGUCAUGCUGCACGCUGUGGCAAUGAUCAAGAAGCACUUGAAUUAGCUACACGAGCCUUAGCUCUUCUUGAACGCUGUGCACCAUCUGAUUCUCCUGUAGUGGCCUCAUUCUUGAACAAUUUAGGAACAAAUCAGAUCAGUGCAGGAUUAUUCUCUGAUGCUCAAUUAAGUUUUGCCAGAGCAUUGACUAUUUGUGAAAAAUGUCUUCCAAAAGGACAUCCAAAUCGAGUGGUAAUGGAAAGUAAUAUUGAACGAAUAACUAAAAUGGAGCAAAACAAUCAUCAAAACUUAUUUUCUCGUUUAUGGAAGUUUUCGUUAAAGACUUUACUUUCAUAG